CACUAGAACAAAUAGUUAAAGCUCCUUUGUAAACUACAGUUUCCUAAAAUGAAGGAAUAAAGGAAACUGGAUUAGUUCAUAGUCCUGACACACACUUCAAGUUGUAAUAUAGUGUAAAUAACUGUUCUAACUAAACUUGGACUAAACCUUCUGCAAGCAGGACAACGAGAGAACCACCAUGAAAGGUGACUUGCUUUUGGUUUCAAGUAUCAUUGUACUAAUGCAUAUGGUAUGUGGAUGCCCCGAAAAGUGCCUAUGUCAUCAAACUUCAAAGACAGUGGACUGCAGGAAUCAAGGACUUGUUGAAAUUCCCUCCCACGUACCUCCUGAAACUCUAAUAUUACAGUUGCAGAAUAACCAUAUUUGGAGAAUCAAUCAAAAUGCAUUCAGUGAAACCCCUUUGCUCAAAAUUUUAGACUUAUCUAAUAAUUCUGUUUCAAAUUUGUCAUCGGGUGCUUUCCAAGGACUACGGUACCUACAGGUUCUAAACCUAACCAAGAACUUGAUUCAUUACCUAGAAAACAAGACUUUCAGUUCCCUCCCUCAAUUAAAAGAACUGGAUUUGUCCUCCAACAGUAUAUUAAAUUUGCCUCAAACUCUAGGAAAUAAUACAGGGAAUAUAACUUUAUUGUCUGUUAAGUAUAACAAGCUUCAAAGACUGGACAGAAUUCUGCUGGAAUCCCUCCCAAAUCUGAAAGUUGUUCUUUUCAAGAAUAAUCCAUGGGAAUGCACUUGUCAUGUCAUUGGCCUUAAACUGUGGCUAGAGAGCUUUUUAUACAGAGGAGGAAUAAGUGAUGGCAUUAUAUGCUCAACACCAGAAAAUCGGAAGGGAAAGGACCUCCUCAAAGUUCCUUAUGAGAUGUACGGGACAUGCCCUCCCACAGCGGCUCAGGUUCAUCUGGCUAAUAUUCAUCACCACAGCUCUGAGCACAGAAGUUCUCUGAAGCACAUUCAUCACAAUGAAAAUGGAGAAAGUAGCCAUUCAGACUGCGAACCUAAACCGAAGCCAAGGCCAGUUAGUUUGCGUCAUGCAAUCGCCACUGUAGUAAUAACUGGAGUUGUCUGUGGAAUCGUGUGUCUAAUGAUGUUGGCAGCUGCUGUGUAUGGUUGUGCCUAUGCUGCAAUUACUGCUAAAUACCACAGAGAACACUUGGCCCCAGUAACAGAGCUGGGGAGUCCUGAAGAAAAAGAGCCAUUUGAUAGUUCCUUGGCUUAA